AUGAAGUUUUCCAACUUGGCUCUCGGAGCUGCGUCCGUCGCGUCGGUCCUGGCGGCCCCCGUCGACGGCUCUGCCAAGACGAAGCGUGCCGGCAAAUUCACCUUCACCGGUGUCAACGAGUCCGGUGGUGAGUUCGGCCAAGCCAACCUGCCUGGACAGCUGGGCAAGGACUACACAUGGCCCAACAAGACGGCUAUUGAUACCCUGAGGGCGGCUGGCCUCAACACCUUCCGUAUUGGAACUAUGAUGGAGCGCAUCAUUCCUGACAAGUUGACGGGCACCAUCAACGAGACCUAUUUCUCUGGUCUUGAGGACCUUGUCAAGGACGUUACCUCGAAGGGCUCCUAUGCCGUCAUCGAUCCCCACAACUACGGCCGCUACUACGGCAACAUCAUCACCAGCAGCGCCGACUUUGGAGCCUGGUGGAAGACCGUUGCCGCUCGUUUCAAGGACAACGAGAAGGUCAUCUUCGACACCAACAACGAGUACCACGACAUGGACAACACGCUGGUCCACGACCUGAACCAGGCCGCCAUCACCAACAUCCGUGCUGCGGGUGCCACGACCCAGAACAUCUGGAUCGAGGGUAACUCGUACUCUGGUGCCUGGCACUGGAUCGAGAGCGGCUCCGGCGACGCUCUCAAGAACCUGACUGAUCCUUCUGAUGCCACUGGCAAGAAGCUCUUUUACGAGAUGCACCAGUACCUCGACACGGACGGCUCCGGCACCAACGAGGCCUGCGUCAGCACCACCAUCGGUGCUGAGCGUCUCGCCGUUGCUACCAAGUGGCUCAAGGACAACAACAAGCAGGGUGUUCUCGGCGAGAUUGGCGCUGGUGCCAACGACCAGUGUGUCACUGCCGUCAAGGGUGCCAUCCAGCACCUUUCGGACAACUCGGACGUCUGGAAGGGCGCUCUCUGGUGGGCUGCCGGCCCUUGGUGGGCUGACUACAUGUACUCUAUGGAGCCUACAACUGGUAAGGCUUUCGUCACAUACCUCCCGGUUCUCAAGACAUUUGCUUGA